UUUAUUAAAUACCAAAACGAAAAAACUAACUCAGACGACUUCGUCCCAAGCCAUAAGUGUCAAUCAAACUUUACCAUCCACCUCAAAACAUGCCAUGGAUGGUUACCUGAAACAUGUGCCCACUAGUGGGAAGAAAAAUACAACAACUAAGUCAACAACUAACACUAAUCUUAAAGUAUCUAAGCCAGCAACUACUCUAUUAAACACCAAACCAAAGAAACAAACUCAGUCUACUUCAUCCCAAGUCAUCAGUGUCAAUAAGACUUUAGUGUCCACUUCGAACCCCAUUGUAGGUGGUGACCUAAAACAUGUGUCUUCUAGUGAGAAGAAAAAUACUACCAGGUCAACUGCCAACACUAAUAAUCUUAGUGUUUCUAAGACAGUAACUACUUUAUUAAACACCAAAACAAAAAAACAAACUCAGUCUACAUCAUCCCAAACUAUCAGUGUCAAUCAGACUUUACCGUCCAGCUCAAAACAUGCAGCGGAUGGUGACGAGAAACAUGUGCCCUCUAGUGAGGAAAAAAAUACUACUACUAAGUCAACAGCAAGCACUAGUCCUAAUGAAUCUAAACCAGGAACUACUUCAAUAAACACCAAAACAAAAAAACAAAUUCAGUCUACUUUAUCCCAAGCCAUAAGGGUCAAUCAGACUUUACUCUCCACCUCAAAGCCCGCUGUGGAUGGUGAUCACAAUUAUGUGUCUUCUACUGAGAAGAAAAAUACUACAAAUAAAUCAAUUCUUUAUGCUUUAAAGCCAGAAACUACAUUAUUAAACACCAAACUGGCAAAGCACCCUCAUCCUACUCCCUCAAAAGUGAGCAAAGUCCCAUCCCCUACAAAGCCUCCUGUAGUCGAUGUCCAAAUGCCACCAAAAGACAAACCUGCAGUAAGUUCGCCUAUUAAAGUAAUCAUCACCGAGGGUUGCAGUCAGAAGGAACACCAGACGAAUACGGGUAACGCAACAAGGACACAAGAAACUGAGCUGAGUUUGAAACCUGGUUCUCCUUUGAUAAUGACCCAUCACAUCAACCUGAUGCCAGCGCUCUGCACGGGAGUUUGUGAGACAGAGAUGGCUUCUCUGAGAGAUAGGGUCAAGUUCCUUGAGACGGAGAUGUCAGCACUUAAAGGAAUGUGUGUUCAUUGUUCAGAGGUGCAGUGCCCUAAAAACUGCAGUGGCCAGGGCAAGUGUGAAGGUGGAAAGUGUGUUUGUCAUCAAGGCUUCGGUGGCACAGACUGCAGUGGUAAAACGUGUCCCUCUAACUGCAACAAAAAAGGCAAAUGUGUGAAGGGCAAGUGUGAGUGUCUGAUUGGUUAUACGGGUCUGGACUGCAGUAAAGCCAUAGUGACUAUUGAAACUGUGACUAUGAGGAUGCCAUCUAAAAACACCACUGCCAAGCCAGACACAACGGUGAAGGCAAAGCCUCACAGGACCAUAUUUGUGAAAAAGAUAGAUACAAAGGAAACCAAAGCGAAAACAAGCCCAACCAUGUCCACCAUUAAAACAAGUGUUGUCAAAGUGAAGUCGAACACAACCAAUAGGAGCGACAAGAUUAUUACCGAAGGACAAGUUUUCCUAAAGAACAAAGAAGGAAACCGUCAACCGCAACAAACAAAGGGCAAAACGACAGUCAUGAAAGUUGGUUUAGACAAACGACCGCAAACGGACGUGAAGCUGAGAACUGAAGAAAAUAAAGAGUCCACUUUAAAGGAAAAUAACCUUAAAGAUGAGCCUGUCUACCAGAAGAAUAAUUGGACCUCCAAUGUUCUGAACCAAGUUAAAGAGACCAAGGGAUCAUCUAAUGGAACGACAUCCAGAACAAAAGCCACUGUGGAUGAUCAAGGGAAAGCAAGCAUGCCUAAUGGUACAUCUACUGAAAAGGACAAGAAACCAAUCCAUGGCGAUGUAACAACAGUUCUCAAAUUGGAGAAGAAGAGAUUUGAGAAACAUGUCAACUGGACAAGUAUUGAAACCAAACUUCACACUAAGAAUUUAAACAGCACAACCAUUAGAUCUUCGGUUAUUGGAUCCGUUGAUGUUCAUAAUAUCACAUCCACUGGGUUCAUCAUGUCUUGGGAAGCCCCUCUAGAUGCAUUCAAGAACUUUACCAUAACCAGGAGGGAGGUCAAGCCUGAAAAUGACGUAGAAGACAACAAAGAUGCAGGGAAAGGAAAUGAUAAAUGGGCAGAAGAUGUGACUGAUCGGUUACAAAGGUCUAGUUCGAACAGAACCAUAGCUAAAGUCCACGGUAGCAAACUUGAUGGAAGGACUGGGAAAAAAUUCUCACAGGUUCUUGCCGGUACAGCACAGUCGUAUCAUUUCAAGGGCCUUCAACCUCAAACACAGUACUCUGUCUCCUUGUUUGGCUCCGGUCCUGGAGUACGAUCCAAAAUUCACCGCCUUACAUUAUAUACGGGCCCUGAGCCUCCUGCUGACCUGAUGUUCAGUAAUAUAACAGAGACUGCUCUCACCGUGUCCUGGACGAGCCCUAAAAGCAUCGUAGCAGAAUUUAAAGUCACAUCCACCAACAUUGUAACUGGUGAGAGUGGCUCCAUGUCUGUUGACUCCCAGCUGUCUCAUGUCCUCCUGUCUAAGCUCACUGCUGGUGCCACCUAUGACAUCACUGUGAGGUCAUUACUGGAGACACUUGAGAGCGAGCCAAUCAUAGCCUCUGUUACAACAGUGCCUGAUUCUCCUACUGAACUGAAGGUGUUGAACAUCACAGACACCAAAGCCCUGCUGGUUUGGAAACCAUCCCAAGCUAAAGUCGACAGUUAUAUCCUCAGUUAUGGCUCAUCAAAGUCUCCUAAUGUGACUGUUACAGUGACAUUAUCCGGCAACACUGUGGAGCAUCAACUCAGAAGCUUGCAAAGAUCUUCGCUUUACGUGGUGAAAAUCACAAGUCAAGUCAACCGCCUCCAGAGCAGCCCAGUCUCCACAACCUUCACGACCGGAAGUGGAGUGAAGCUUCAGGUGGUGACUCCUGACGACGUGACCUUUCACUCUGCUGUGAUUUCAUGGAAAGCUCCCCGUGUGGUUUUCAAAAGUUAUAGAGUCACGUACCAACCGACGGAAGAAGUCAAGGAAGUGAUUUUAAAUCCAUCUCUGACUCAAUAUGAGCUGACAGGGCUGGCGGCCUUUACAAACUACACUGUUAAAAUAGAAGGAGAAAGGGACGGAAAGUACCUUGAUUUUGUUUCUGCAGAGUUUAACACUGCCCCGCUUCCACACCUGUUCCCCAAAGACUGCUCAGAGGUGCAGAUGAAUGGAGUGAAGGAGUCGGCGGAGGCUGAGAUUUACCCAGAAGGGAAAGAUGGAGAGCCAGUGUGGGUCUACUGUGACAUGGAUACAGAUGAAGGAGGCUGGACAGUAUUUCAGAGAAGAAUGGACGGAUCCACAGAUUUCUUCAGGAGCUGGAGAGACUACAGUAAAGGCUUUGGCCUCCUGACCAGAGAAUUCUGGCUGGGAAAUGAACUCCUUCAUAUUCUCACAAGCCUUGCACCAAUGGCCAUGCGCGUUGACCUGCGUUCAGGAAAUGACACAGCUUAUGCUCACUAUGAAAACUUCAACAUUAGCUCUGAGGCUGAGCACUAUGCAAUAGAGCUGUCUGGAUACUCGGGCACUGCUGGCGAUUCUAUGAAGUAUCACAAUGGUCGCCCAUUCUCCACGAAAGAAAAAGAUCCAGACAUCCUUAGCAUCCACUGUGCAAAAGCCUACAUGGGAGGCUGGUGGUAUAAAAAUUGCUACAAGGCCAACCUCAAUGGCCUCUAUGGUUCCUUCUCAGACAAUAAGGGUGUGGUGUGGAUAGACUGGAAAGGCAAAGACUCAUCUAUCCCAUUUACUGAAAUGAAGCUUCGGCCCUCUUAUUUGAGUCAAAGAGCUACGACAACUCCAACAAUCCAAGGUUAA